AGAAAAAUGUAACGAAUAACAAAAAUGGCUGAAAAGAAAGGCAACUCUGAAGCCAACGUGGUUUCCGACGAGCCACCUGGAACAUCUGAUGCUCAGCCCGAUGAAGAACUAUUUCCCGGGGUUAAGGAUGUCAAUACCUUUUCACAACAAGCUCUGAAGUCGGUUCUUGUUGCAACCAGAUGUUCAAACAGCCUACCAACUGGAGACGGUUUUGACUUCUACUCCACCUUUCAUUCUGUGCGAGAUGUCCUUGACAUUCAAGGGAGACAGAUACUGCAGCUCAUUCAGCGUCUACUCAAACAACAGAAUGUUAAAGCCAAGUUUUCCGAAAGUACGGAUGCUCUGGAGCUUGAAGAUAAAUUUGAUGUUCUUAUUGACGCCAAUGACCAGCUGUUGGAAAGAGUGGGUGUGUGUUUGGAUGAAGCCUCGGGUUUGAAGAAACCUGAGGCAACACUUGUCAUUUCGUCUGCCCAGCAGAAAAACAUUGAUGCUAGCUGGAAUAAAAAGAAAAAUCAUCCGUCUUCGAACACGUUCCGUCUGCUGUCUGCUCGCAACAUACAGAGACCCCAGUUCAAGUUUCAAGACAAGGUAGACAACUCUAACAAACCUUUUCAACAAAAAAUUGAAUCCAAGCCAAAUGCAGCUCUACCACUUGAUGAAAGUUUGAGAAUUCCCGAAGGUGUGAGUUUUGAGGAUUUGGAAAAUCCUGAAUUUCGAUAUCCGCACCCAUAUCAGUACGAACUGAACCAUUUUGUACCAAGCCAGGACCAGCUUGCUGACCCGGAGGUCAAGAUGUAUCCGCCUCUGGAAGACACCGUUUUAACGAUGGUAGAGACGGUCGGCGAUCUCACCAAGAUGUGCCAGACACUGAAACAACAAAAAGAAAUCGCUAUAGAUUUAGAGGCUCAUUCGUACCGGACGUUCCAGGGCAUCACGUGUUUGAUGCAGAUAUCAACACGAGAACAGGACUAUAUUAUCGAUACGUUGACACUGCGGAGUGAUAUCUGUAUGCUCAAUGACGUCUUCACGGAUCCAAACAUUGUUAAGGUUCUGCAUGGUGCCGAUUCGGACAUUGUGUGGUUACAGCGAGAUUUUGGUGUGUACAUUGUCAACAUGUUUGACACGGGCCAGGCAGCGAGACUUCUUCAGCACAGUCGCUUCUCUCUGGCUCACCUGCUACAGUUCUACUGCAACAUCACCGUAGACAAGCAGUACCAGCUUGCUGAUUGGAGGAUAAGACCCCUACCUGAUGUGCUGUUGAGAUACGCUCGGGAAGACACUCACUAUCUACUCUACAUCUAUGAUCGAAUGAGGAAGGAAUUGAUUGAAAAUGGAAACGAACAGAAGAACUUACUGCUUUCUGUCAUUUCCAAAAGUACACAGAUAUGUGCCAAGGUCUACUCAAAGCCGUGUUUUAAAGAAAGUGACUACAUGGACCUGUAUCGAAAAAGCAAGAAGACGUUUAACUCUCAGCAGCUUCAGGCGUUGAAGAACUUCUACAGCUGGCGAGACAAAACAGCUCGGGCCGAAGACGAAAGUAUAGGAUACGUGUUGCCGAAUCACAUGAUGUUACAGAUGAGUGCCAUUCUGCCACGUGAAAGCCAGGGCAUCAUAGCGUGCUGUAACCCCAUCCCGCCACUCGUCCGGCAGUAUCUCAUAGAGCUGCACAACAUCAUUAUGCAGUCUCGCGAGGCACCACUAACCAAGGUACAAAAUGUCCCGGCAACUCAGCCGUCGGCUUAUCAGCAUCCGAAGUAUGCCAUGGAUAGUUUGUUGAAUUGUCCCCAUGAUCGGUCACAUUCACAAAACACCAAGUUAGACAUGGCGACCGUGCUUCCUCCAGAUUCCAGUCUGAUAGCUAAGAAGCCUUCCAUGUUUGCCAGUCAGGAAUCGAUUAUCAAUGUGAAGAAGAAACCGGUUUUAACAGCCCUUGGGUGGAAUACCAAAGAAGAUGGUGUCUGUUUAACUACAGCAAAACAGAUUGCACUGCAGUUACGAAAGUCUUUUUCAAGUCCAUUUGAAAAGUAUUUACCACCAGAUGUAGUCAGCAAAGAGUCCACUGGACUGCAAGAUGACAAACCGUCACUUCAAAUGGAUGUUGAUCACAAACACCUCUGGAAGUUGAAGCCAAACACAGUGAAAAAGGCCACGAAGAGAAGAGAAGAAGAAGAACUUGAUCCAGAAACUGGACAACCACAACACUUGUUUGCUCCACCAGCAAAGAAACAAAAAGUUGACACAUUUACGAAUCCUGUUAUUACAAAAGAGGAGGAAAAGACACAGGUGUCGCUACGGCAACAGAUGGCUCCCAAGAAGAAGAAUAAGAAGAAGAAACAAAACAAAGAUUAUCUGUACGAGGCGGAGGAUCCAACCAUCUCCAGGAUCCAGGACGAGCAGGUUGCUCUGGGAGACAGCAAAUCGGAUCGCUUGGAAACACAGAAGAAACGAGAGGAAGCGGACACAGACAACACAGAGAAACGACAGAAGAAGAAAAAGAAGAAGAAACCAGACCUGAAAGAAUUCAAGCCUUACGAUUACAGCAAAGCAGAUACGUCCAUAUUUGAAGCUGGCAAUUCAAAAAAAAAUGUUUUUGACCCAAAUGCUAAAGGACGCAAGAAGAAACAGAACAAAUCUAACAAGGUGAAGAAUCCAUUUUUCCGAAACAGCAAAGGUCAGAAGAGUGUGACCUUCAGCUCAGGGGGCAGAGGUCAGGGCAAAGGUCAGAGGUGAAGAAAAAAAACACUUUGUGGUUCAGUUGCAUUAACAGACAGAGAGGUGCUAAACACGUAUACCUAAAGUUGAAUUGCUUGGUGGCGAAUCAAAUAUUGGAACUCUGUGCAUAAUCAAGGUGCAUUUAUAAAUAUUGCACUUUGCAUUAUUGUUGAAGAUAACUUUCAGAAUAUACCAAAUUAAAAACAAAUCAUGUGUUUUACAUGCAUUUUAUGUACAAUUACAUAAAAAUAUGUUAAUUUCUA